AUGCCUCGCUUCGGCUCGACGCUGCCGGCGCAGGUCGAGAUCCUCGAGAUCGACAUUGCGGCGCUCGACCACCUCGUCCGCACCGACAACACGACGCGCGUGCUGCGGUCGCGCGACCUCGUCCGCGCCAUCACCGCCUACCAGCGCGGCUACGACGAGAUCAGCGUGACGCUCCUCGCGAUUCUCCGCCGCAUGUACCUUCCGCGCUACGAUCUGCACGACUCGGUACCCGAGGCCUUUGUGCAUCUGCGCCACGUCCUGCCAUGGUGGCUCGCCAAGCACCAACCCGACCUCGUGUCGUGUCUGCCCAUCGACGUCCGUGCGCCGCUGCUCUGCUACGCCAUGGUGCACGGCCACAUGGGUCUGCUCGAGACACUGGUCGCGACCGACCAGCUCCACAUGGACGAGCUGCACUGGGACCUCCUUGGUCGGCACGGCCACCUCAAGGUGCUCCAGUUCCUCGUCGCGCUCGGCGUCUCGGGGCCGCUGCACUUGGUGCUCGCGAACGCGGCCGUCGCGGGACAUCUGAGCAUGGUCGCGUACCUCCACGAUACUAGCGGCGUGCCCGUGACGUCCGAGACGCUCAUCCUCGCGUGCGUCUUUGGCCGCAUCGAGGUGGCCCAGUACGCCCAUGACGUGGCUGACGACGGCAUCUGGGACCCCGAGACCGUCGACUGCGCGGCGCGGCGCGGGCAUCUCAACAUUGUGCGCUUCUUGCACCAGUUUGACUAUGACGGCUUCUCGAGCAGGACGAUGGACGUGGCGGCGGAGCACGGCCACCUCGAGGUCGUUCGGUUCCUGCAUGAGCACCGCUUCGAGGGCUGCUCGGCAGCGGCGAUGCUCGGCGCCGUGCGCUGUGGCCACCUCGAGGUCGUCAUGUUCCUCGACUUGCACCGACCUGAUGCGGCGACGGACAACGCAGUCGUCGUCGCGAUGCAGCACGGCCAGGAGCGCGUCAUCGCGUACUUCCAGGAGGAGCGCAAGCUCAAGAAGCGCUUCUCGCGGAUACAAAAGAAGGUCGCAGUCCUCGUCCGGAGCAACGACAGCAUGCGCCACUUGUACCACGGCCCGAAAACAAAGCUCUGCUCCGCGUGAGGAUCUCCAACCAACGAUUAUUGUAUAUCAGACAAG